AUGACUUUUCUUGUUGGGCGGCCGCUAUCUUUGGCCAUCACGGCCACGGCCGGUAGUGGCUUCUUGCUUUUCGGAUAUGACCAGGGUGUCAUGGCAGGUCUGUUGACCGGCGAUGCCUUUGUCCGGACAUUUCCUGAGAUUGAUACGACUGAGGGAGGCCAUGGAAACUCCUCUCUGCAGGGAACAGUGGUUGCUAUCUAUGAGAUUGGCUGCUUCUUUGGUGCUAUCGCGUCGCUGCUGGUUGGUGAACGUCUGGGUCGUCGGUGGUGUAUCAUGGCUGGCUGUAUUAUUCUGUCCAUUGGAGCGAUUCUUCAGGCCACUGCCUUUGGUAUUCCCCAGAUGAUUGUUGGACGCAUUGUUGCCGGUGUAGGAAACGGUCUCAACACCAGUACUAUUCCUGUCUGGCACUCCGAACUGAGCAAGGCUUCCAGCCGAGGAAAAGGACUUGCUAUUGAACUGGUUAUCAACAUCUUUGGCGUUAUGACGGCCUACUGGGUUGACUACGGCAUGAGCUACGUCAACAACGAUGCCCAGUUCCGCUUCCCUCUCGCAUUGCAGAUCCUCUUCGCCAUUGUCACCUUCCUAGGUAUCUUGGUCCUACCGGAAUCUCCUCGUUGGCUCAUCGCCCACGACCGCCAUAACGACGCCCGUCAAGUGCUGUGGGCCGUCCAGCCCAACGCGCGUGAAAUCGGCCAGGACGACGCAGUUAUCAACCUGGAGAUGACGGAGAUUACCCACACCAUGGCAGAGGAGCGCCAGGCUGCUGAAAAGGGCUCUUUCAAGAUGCUCCUGAAGGACGGGCCUCAGCGGUUCCGACACCGCACCCUCCUAGCCAUGGGUGGACAGAUGAUGCAGCAGCUGUCGGGGAUUAACCUGAUUACCUACUACAAUACCGUGAUCUUCGAGCAAUCGGUGGGAAUGGCCCAUAACUUGGCUUUGCUGGUGGCUGGCUUCAACGGUGUCGCCUACUUUCUUUCUACGUUUGUUCCAGUAUGGGCCAUUGACCGACUCGGCCGUCGCAAACUCAUGCUCUUCGCUGCGGGCGGACAGUGUGCCUGCAUGGCUAUACUGGCAGGGACGGUAUACGACGGCGGCCACGCAGCGGGUAUUGUGUCGACAGUGAUGCUGUUCCUGUUUAACUUCUUCUUCGGUGUUGGAUUGCUGGCAGUCCCAUGGUUGCUACCGGCGGAAUAUGCGCCACUGGCCAUCCGAACUCGCACUGCUGCUUUGGCGACAGCAACAAACUGGAUCUUUACCUUCCUGGUGGUGGAAAUCACGCCGGUCAGCAUCAGCAACAUCGGAUACCGCACGUACAUCUACUUCGCCAUCUUUAACUUCUGCUUCCUCCCGAUCAUCUUCUUCUUCUACCCGGAGACUCGCAAUCUCACGCUGGAGCAGAUCGACCGGCUGUUCACGGGCGAGAAGGUGCGGCUGCACUGGGACGCGUCGAUGGGAGUGGCGGGCGACACCGAGCACCGACUGCGGGAGAAGGACGCGGAGGUGCAGCAUGUGGAGUGA